AUGACAACAGGCGAUCGUAGCUUGCUUCGAAAAAAGAUGCACAGUAACGAGUCCGGUGCGGCCAGCGGGACAGCCCUGCUGCAGCAGCUGGGCCGGCUGAUAGUACGCUCACGCAGCGGCAGUCCCGCUGCCACUCUGCACAGGCGGCAUAAACUCACCCCAUCCACUAGCAAACAGAUAGUAACACAACCAAAACCAGAGACGGAUGAGCCUUCACCUGGAAUCGAAGCGCAACUCAACAACCACGUGCAGGCGCUAUGGAACGACCAGAUACCGAUCUGCAUUGAUGUCAUCUUAGCACCAGAAUGCCAAGAAUGCUACGCGUCUAUGUCUCGGGUGGAGGGGACGAGCUACGACAAGCAGCACGCGCAAAGCCGGGGCUUGCUGCUGGAACGCUGGACCAUCAGGGCUAUUGCCAACAGAAGCCAUGAGUUCCCGUCAGCCACAUCGUCCCACUGGUUGCUGAACGCUGUUCGGUCGCAACUUCACUUCUCGCAGCUCUGCGCCUGGAGAGCCACGCUCAAGACAGAAGAUAAACCAGCAGAACGAAGGAGAAAACUCAGCCGCGAGACCUGCAAUUUCAAAAAAAUCGAAGCAAACUGUGACGAGACGGACUUGGAAGAGCGCAAGCUUAACAUCGUUUACUCCAUCAAGAUCCCCGGAGAGACCUCGCCCGAGUUCUCUCGCACCCCCACCGACCACACCUUCCCCAUCGCGGACAUCGGAAACGACAUCUACCUCAAAGUCUCCCUCAAGAGCCUCCCCAGGCUGGACGAAAUCCCCGCCGUCAGGUGCUCCUGCAAGCGCAGGGCCAGCGCCAACGACGACGAGCUGGCCGGGAAGCUCGGCGAUCUCAGUCUAGGCCCCCGGAAGUACCCGGCCGACGCCGUCAAUUCCAACGGCGGAACGGGCAGGCGUCUCUCCAUCAUAUCGAAUCCCGGCUCCACGGAAUACCUGUACUCUCCCGGCGAUAAGAAACUCCUCGACGACCGAAUGCUGACGCCGUGCAGCGAGAGCGGCAAGCACAAGUGCAGCUGCGACGACGAGUCGGACGAGAAGAAGCGGGAGACGAAGAGGCCCGACGAGAGGAGGCUCAAGGAGAUAGCGAAAUAUAAACGCCGUUUGCGCAAAGAGAGCAAACUCAAAAAACUCUGUGAUAGCACGUCAUCCGAUGGCGAACUGAAGAAGGAGACGCACACGUCGAUCCCGAUACUACAGGCGUCCAGGUUCGACAGGUUCCGAGCGAUCGGUUGCUAUAGGAACCAGACGUAUCUGACGCUGCCCGCGAGCAGGAUCGAGGGCAGGUCGCCCUUCGCGGAGACGCCCAACGACCCGCCGCCCGAGUUCAAGCGGACCAACACGAUCGGGACGCAGACGGACGACGUGGCGUGCCAGUGCGGGAACGCCGUUCAGAUGAAGUGCCCCGGCUGCCUCGACAGGGGCAUGGUUCGGUCCGAGGGCAGUUACGACUUGGCCUUGAUGGAGAACGGGACGAGACGCAAGUACGAGGAUGACGAGCGUUCCCUUAAAAAGCUUAAAUGUGAUAUAAAUAGUGAUAUAAGUAGUGAUAAGUGUGACGACGUUAUUAAGCGGCCGAAACUGAGGCGCUUCUUUCCGAUAGUCGACCGAAUUGAGAGGGUCAUAAGCGACAGGUUCGCGCAGAACGACGACAUAGCCGAAUUGAACCUGCGCGACGACGACACCGUGUUCUCGGUCAAACCGGAGCCCAAGAGACAGAAGACGUACUCGAUCGGCGAAGACUACGUGUGCCUGGAGAAGUGCGACUACGGUUCGAUUGAUAAAUGUGAUAUGGAAUCUCCGCAAGACGAGGAUCCCUUUAAAUUCCCUGACGUGGCGAUUCCAGGAGCUUUCGAGCCGGUCGAUAGAGAUGCGAGAGGGGUGACGAAUGGAGACGUUUCAGGGGGAUCGGGACCGGACGGUCAGGUAGAUAGAGAUAGGAAGGGACAAGAGAACCAGGUGCCGUCUCCCACGGAGAUGGACAGGUUCCGCUGGCGGUUCGACUCUGCCGCGUCCAUGGUUUUCCACACGAAGACUGGUCUACCUCUGACUUCGAGUCCGGCGCCAUUACGAAGAGGAAACAACUGCUUUGACUUUGACGACUCGAUUAAUGGCGUUUCUGGAAUCAAAAGUGCACUGUUCCAUCCGAUAUCCCCUCCCUCUCCAGCGGCCGUCUCCCCUGUGUCGCCUCCGCGCCUGGCGUGUCCUCGAGCUCCCCGCGCAUCGCCAAGACCUGACGAAUCACCUGUCCACACCCACGAGCCCAGGAAGAAGACAACAAUUAGCAAGCUGAGGAUCGGCUCGAGUACGGGCCUCUUAGGAAGCUUUGAAGAGUCCGCGUUGAAAGGUCGACUAGAGCCAGUGGCCACUGUCCACGGCUUUACAGCGGAAUUGGGGGCGUCGGGUGCCUUCUGCCCCCCACAUCGACGUCUACCCGUCACUGUGUUCUUCUACGCGCCCGGUGGGACUAACGCGCCCUAUAUGGGUCACAUAAACCUCGGCCCAGGCGGGUACCGCGUGGCCCGCUCGGGCACCGUGCAGGUGUCGCUGUUCAACCCCCACGGCACCCUGGUGAAGAUGUUCGUGGUGCUGUACGACCUCACGGGCAUGCCGCCCCUGGCGCGCACCUUCCUCCGUCAGCGGACGCUGUACAUGCCGGCCGGGGCGGACCCGCCCAAGACGCACGAGAUGCACAAGUGGCUUCGGUAUCUGAUACAUUUAAGGUUCAUGACGUCGAAGUCCGGCAAGCUGUACCUCCACACCGACAUCCGGAUCCUCGUCUCCCGCAAGGCUGACGUCGACACGGCCACCGCACAUUCCGCCUUAUUCCGACCAAUCGCGCGCGCCGACGACCCAGCCCCGACCGACGAGGGCCCGCCGCGACCCGACAUGAGCCAGAUCGGUUACGACAACCGGGACGGCUUUUCUUACGAGCUUAGGAGCUUCACGUACGCUCCGGAGAACCCUCGCUACUCGCCGCGGUAG